CUGGCCAAAAAUUCGAAGCAAACAGGCAGAACUGGAAAUAAUUUAUUUUGAGAUAAAUGUAACUGUGCCUAUUAUUACUCAGAAUUCAACACAUCGCAGGAUAUCUGUAUUAUUCCGCGUGAAACACUAUGUAAGAGCGGGGGAAUAUGCUCUAGUCGGUGAUCCAUAUGUUUAUCACGAUGAGUCCGGCUGUGCUACUAGAAAAUUGUAUGCAUUCUGCUUGCGUUGUAUCUGA